CUCUCCACCCCCUACCUUGGGCUCCGAGGAAGAUGGGACCUGCCACAACUCUGCAGCCACCCCCUAAGGAUAUGGAAGGUGCUGUAGGGGCCCGAGGUGCCUGGGGAGAGACACCAGCCGGCAAAGUACAAUAGCAGAAUAUGGUGAUCAAGCUGCCAUGUCCUCUGGAGAUGUCGGGAAAGAAGGGAAGGCUGGUCCAUGCUAACUGGAGUCCUCCCAGACUGGCUUUGAACAUCUCCCACGGGAUAUUCUGCAAAUGAGUGACUUCUAGGGUCAGAGUGGCAUUUGGAGAGCAAGGCUGGAUUGGACUAGGCUGCCUGGGCAGGGAGUGCAGCUUCCUGGGCUAGAGACAAGCAGCAGCCUGCAGUGGGGAGCUCGAGUCCCAGCUACCCGAGGGAAGAGUGCCAAGGUUCAGAGGACUGGCCAGGGAAGGUCUUUCAGCUCCUCAGCGCCUGAGACCUCUGCCCACUGAAAGUGAACCCCCACCAGACUCCCAGGAACCUCUGCUGGGGCUCAGCCUGACCUUCCUCACAUAGGCACCAUGUUCCGCAAGAAAAAGAAGAAACGCCCUGAGAUCUCAGCCCCACAGAAUUUCCAUCACCGUGUCCACACCUCCUUCGACCCCAAAGAAGGCAAGUUCGUGGGCCUCCCCCCACAAUGGCAGAACAUCCUGGACACACUGAGGCGCCCCAAGCCAGUGGUGGACCCUUCACGCAUCACCCAAGUGCAGCUUCAGCCCAUGAAGACAGUGGUGCGGGGCAGCUUGGGGCCUGUGGAUGGCUACAUCUCCGGGCUGCUCAACGACAUCCAGAAGUUGUCCGUCAUCAGCUCCAACACCCUGCGUGGCCGCAGCCCCACCAGCCGGCGGCGGGCACAGUCCCUGGGCCUGCUGGGGGAUGACCAGUGGGCCGCCAACCCGGACAUGUACCUGCAGAGCCCCCAGUCUGAGCGCACUGACCCCCAUGGCCUCUACCUCAGCUGCAAUGGGGGCACACCAGCAGGCCAAAGGCAGAUGCCAUGGCCCAAGCCACAAAGCCCACAGGUCUUACCCAAUGGGCUGGCCGCCAAGGCACAGUCGCUGGGUCCCAGUGAGUUUCAGGGUGCCACACAGCGCUGCCUGCAGCUGGGCACCUGCCUUCAGAGCUCUCCACCUGGCACCUCACCCCCCCCAGCCACGGGGAGGUGUGGCACCAAGGCUGCCAGGCAGGGGUCUGAAGAGGCCCGACCACAGUCCUGCCUGGUGGGUUCAGCCAUGGGCAGGCCGGGCGGGGAGAGCAGGCUGAGCCCCAAGACCCAGGAAAGCAGCCUGAAGUGCAGGCUGUUUCGAAGCAUGUUCCUGUCUACUUCUGCCCCGGCCCCUCCGAGCAGCAGCAAGCCAGGCCCUCCACCACAGAGCAAGCCCAUCUCCUCUUACCUACCACCACAGAAAGAUGCACCCCCAAGCCUGGUGGUCAAGGCCCAGUCUUUGCCCUCAGACCAGCCCAUGGGGACCUUCAACCCUAUGUCCACCUCAGAUACCAGCAGCCCCCAGAAGUCCCUCCGCAGAGCCCCAGCCACUGGCUUGCCUCCAGGCCGGUCUUCCCCAGCGGGCUCCCCACGCACACGGCACACCCAGAUGAGCACCAGCAACCUGUACCUGCCCCAGGACCUCACCGCAGCCAAGGGUGCCCUGGCUGGAGAGGACGCGGGUGUCGUGACACAUGAACAGUUCAAGGCAGCACUCAGGAUGGUGGUGGACCAGGGUGACCCCCGACUGCUGCUGGACAGCUACGUGAAGAUUGGAGAGGGCUCCACAGGCAUCGUCUGCCUGGCCCGGGAGAAGCACUCAGGCCGCCAGGUGGCCGUCAAGAUGAUGGACCUCAGGAAGCAGCAGCGCAGGGAGCUGCUCUUUAAUGAGGUGGUGAUCAUGAGGGACUACCAGCACCUCAACGUGGUGGAGAUGUACAAGAGCUACCUGGUGGGCGACGAGCUGUGGGUGCUUAUGGAGUUCCUGCAGGGCGGGGCCCUCACAGAUAUCGUCUCUCAAGUCAGGCUGAAUGAAGAGCAGAUCGCCACUGUGUGUGAGGCCGUGCUGCAGGCCCUGGCUUACCUGCAUGCCCAGGGUGUUAUCCACCGGGACAUCAAGAGUGACUCCAUCCUACUGACCCUCGAUGGCAGGGUGAAACUCUCCGACUUUGGAUUCUGUGCUCAGAUCAGCAAAGACGUCCCUAAAAGGAAGUCCCUGGUUGGAACCCCCUACUGGAUGGCUCCUGAAGUGAUCUCCAGGUCCCUGUAUGCGACUGAGGUAGAUAUCUGGUCUCUGGGUAUCAUGGUGAUUGAGAUGGUGGAUGGGGAGCCACCCUACUUCAGCGACUCCCCAGUGCAAGCCAUGAAGAGGCUCCGGGACAGCCCCCCACCCAAGCUGAAAAACUCUCACAAGGUCUCUCCAGUGCUGCGAGACUUCCUGGAACGGAUGCUGGUGCGGGACCCCCAGGAGAGAGCCACGGCCCAGGAGCUCCUGGACCACCCCUUCCUGCUGCAGACGGGGCUGCCUGAGUGCUUGGUGCCCCUGAUCCAGCUCUACCGCAAGCAGACCUCUGCCUGCUGAGCCCUCCCCCAGAGCACACCUGCCACCUGUGCCCACAGGCAGGGGACACUGGGCAGCUCGUCUGCCAGCAGGGCCUGCCUGCCUCAUCCUAUCAGUAUUCUCUCCAAAGAUUGAAUGUGAAGUCGUACCCCUGCCCUCCUGCCCCUCAGCCCACUGGGCCAGGCCGGACCUGCCCCUCCAUCUCUCUCCCUCCCAAGGGAGUCCCCAGUUGCCUUUGGGAUGAUGGAGACCACUUCUACAGGAUGAUCCUUUGUUAUUUGCACAGGGAUAUUUCUAAGAAACAUGGAGAUCAGCACUCCUGGCCACUGUGGCCAACACAGCAGAAAAAGCUGCAGUGGUUUUUUAAAGAUGGUUGUACACUAGCAUCCCAGGCCACCCAAGAGGGCUGACUGCCAGUCUUCACCAGGAUACUUGCUGUUCCCAGCUCCAACUCCAAGCCCUGGGGCCUUGAGAGGGCCCCAGGGAAGGUUUUUACUGCCUGAAUCCAUCUUCCUCCCUGUGUCUGACUUCGUGAAGGCACCUUCCCACCUGUGCUGACAGCACUCUCCCUGCACUGCCUGAUCCCAACUAUGAAUAGCCUGCUUGCAGGACAGGGGAGGAGGGAAUGUCCUGGGUGAAAGAGGAAGAAUGGAAUUGGUGGUACAGGUGGUCUCACUGUAUAGGACGGAGAGAACAUGUGUGUGUGUGUGUGUGUGUGUGUGUGUGUGUGUGCGCGCGCGCGUGUGGGUGUGGGUGUGUAGGAAGGCCACCCUUACAGCCUGGACUUCAGGCCCCCCACAGACAGCUAAUUUAGUAAGGCUCCCUCAUCCCCUCUCCCACUAAGUUCUGUUCUGAAGGGACCUGCUUUCUUUGCCUGGCUUCCCACCUCAUAAGUCUUGUGUUUCUACCUGACCAGUGAAGGGGUCUAUAUUGAGUCUAACCCAUCCUGGGGUUUUCUGAGUUUCUCCUGUAUUGUGGAGUCUGCGAGCCAGAGAUCAGAACAGUGAGGAAACAAGUUUUGUUCUACAUGUGAGCUUCAUCUCAAGAACCAGGUCAUCAGGGACUCAUUCUUUUCAACAUCCUGGUGUAAGGGAGGUGAACCAGCUCCUGGGGUUCCGUUGUGUCAGGAAAAUGGGCACCCAUCUGUGCAAACCAUCUGCCCCUAGCUGUCUCUUCAGACACCUGUCUCCUUGUCCUCCUUCCCUCCCUACCUUCAGGGCUGUUGUGAGACAGGGAAUUGCAGGGUAGAAUUCCAGGUGUCUGGACCCUAUCUAGAUAAUAUUUUUAAAUUCAUCUGCUCCCUAGCAACCUGCUUUGGGGCAAAAGAAAAAAAACUGCAAGGACUUUUUUUAAGGGUCUGAGUUUUAAAAACAAAAGCAUCUUCCCUAGAAACUUUUGUGAAUUGUUUGCACUUGUGCCUGUUUUAAAUUAAACUGAGUGUUCAAAACC